GCCCAAGGUCGUGACGAGUGCCUGUGAUUAUCGACUGCUGCCCCCGGCGCAAGACAUGAUCCCCUUUAAGGCGAUGUCGAUGCCAGCUUAGAACGCAGGCCGGACCCCGUCGACUGUCAGCAGCUGCUAUGCCUGUUCAGCGACGACUUCGCAAGUCACCGCUCGAAUGCGCCCAAUGUGCCGAGGGCCAGAUGGAGUGUUCCAAGGCCCGUCCCCAGUGCGACGAAUGCAAGUCCCAGCACUUGACGUGUCGUUAUCGUGACCAGAAACCAGCCCCCUACAGGACGAAGGCCGCCGCGGCCGCCGAAUCUCCCGUCUACUCCUCCCCUUCUCCUACUAUCUAUCACCGCCAGUCGAACGCUAGUUCUACGUCAACCUCGUCACAGUCCACCGAGUCAAAUACUUCCACCGAAUCAAACACCUCCUCCGAGUCACGGAACGAUGAGUGCGCCGAGGCCCCCGAGAAGCCCGAGUCCUGCCACGUGCAAGGCUCGGGUCUGGGCGAUGUACGGCUGUGGGAUAAUUGGCGCUCCUCAACCGAGCGAUCGCUAAUACACAAUAAGAGCAAAGACCAGUCAUGGCAGGUGCUCAUCCGGCGCGAGUCGGACCGAUACCCAGCGCUGCGCCACAGCACGCUGGCUCUGUCCGCUAUCCAGCUUGCAUAUACCAGCGAAGCUGGCUCGGACAAGCGGAAGGCUUACUUGCAGGAGGCUGAUGCGCACUACAGUCAAGCUGUGGCUGCGGUCACCCCGGUUGCCGAAAAGCCCUCUGGGUCUCGGUGCAACGCGGCCUUUUCUACCGCCAGUAUUCUGCUGAUGUAUGAACUGGCGUCCGCUUCGCUGGCCGAAGGCGGGGAUAAAUCGAGUCCGCGAAAGGAUGAUGAACAAGGAACGUCGUCACCAUCACUGCAUAAACUACUCGACAUGUUCAACACUGUGCGAGGGUUAUCGUCCAGUUCAGAGGUGAUCGAUAAGGUCGAAAGGGGCGAACUGAAGGCCCUCUUCACCCAAACUGACCCCUACCACCAGCUUCCAAGCACUUAUACCCUGACUAUACUUGCCAUGCGAAAUCUCAAUAACGCCAGCGCAAAGAAAGACCCGUCUCACGAAACCAGCAUCUAUGACGACGCGAUUUCAAAACUUGACCGAUCACUAGAAAUGCUCAGUAAAGGGGGCGAACCGACCAUGAUUGCUCUGCGGUGGCUGUUCCGCCUCCCAUCUCGAUACCUCGACCUAGUCCGUGAGCAGCAACCGCUGGCCCUUACCAUCUUCGCACAUUACUGUGCGGUUCUUCAUCAUCUCCGUGAUCGAUGGUGGAUGGGCGACUGGGGAUGCCGCCUGGUCAAGGAGAUUUCGCAGCUCCUGGGGCCCGAACGGUUGGGCUCCAUCCUUUGGGCCUCUGAUAUUGUGGGAAUUCAAACAUGAUAGACUAGAUACCUACAGUCGAUUGACCGAUUCUGGUCAGACUAGAAUCCUCCGAGGUGAACAGACAGGCUCUGCAUCUCGUAUAAAUGGAAUUGAAUACAUUUUCAUCAUUUUUCA